CAAUAAUAAGAAAAGUCAUAGGCAUUUCGAUUAAUCAAGUGGUUUUAUUGCAGGCAUUGAUGUUUCUAGUGGUGAUGCUGGUGGACACCGUGGAUUGGGCCAUCUUCCCCAGCUCCAGCGCCAUCGUGGCUGAGCUGAUCUCGCACCAUGUGGAGAAUAUGAAGUUAACUCUUUUGCAUUGUCUGCGUGAUCAAAAAAACAAGGAGCACCACUCGGAGAUAGACAGUUUCCUCCGCUUCUUGGAGCUGCGUCCCUUCAAGUACUCCAUCUGGCGGGUUGUGCCCGUGGACCUCGGGCUGCCGGUUUCGCUUAUCGGGCUCUGCACCACCUACACCAUCGUCAUCAUCCAGCUCACGCGCUUGUAUGGCUGAAUGUCUGCCCGAGAGAGCCACGUACUGGAACUUCGCCCCCUCUCAGAAUAGAAUAAAAAGAAUAAAAAUUCUCUUAUUCCUCUCUUAAUCCAAAGGUUGUCUGGAAGAGAUAGCUUUAAGUCAUAAACUCUUUUGGUACACAAUUUAAGUUACAACUUGUAAAUUUUAUUAUUCUUUUAGGUGUACAAAUAAAGAGUAUUCAUUUAUCGAUAUCUAAUGUUCCAGGGACAGGCUUAUCAGAUAUUUGUUUGAUUGAUUAUUCUCUUUGAUGAAAGUGUGCAUGGAUAUUAUAAUUUUGAAGUAAAAGCUUAUUAUUUAUUUACUGUACCGAUCGAUAACUAUGUACUUAUUCAUUUUCAUUAAAGUAAUUUUCUUUGAAUUCUAUUUUAUUUUCCCUCUAUCCGUUUUAAUCCCGCAUCUUGCUGUUUAAUAUGUAU